UAGUAGUAAGAAAUUAGGUUAAAGAAAAAAAUCACAGAAAUACAUACAUCGACCAUCACGAUGGUUUUGCCUGGACUUAAUAACAAGUCAUCACCAGAACGCACAUGCGUUUCAGCUAGCACAAACGAACUCUGAAUGUUGAAGCACGACGCCUGCAAUUUCAAGGUCACUCGGAAGUUCCUGGCAUUUGAAUAACGUCACAUUGCGAAUGGUUCCGCGGAAUGUAACGGAAGUCCAACCGGAUUACACUGAAAUGAAAAGUCGAAGUAAUGAUCGUAAUCAUUCAGUAACUGAAAGCUGUCGCAUUAUUCAAGUAAAUAAACCCCAGUUGGUUAACUAUUGUAAGAAUAAUAUAAGCACUGCGAAAUAUAACUUCAUCACUUUUCUCCCGAAAUUCGUGACAGAACAGUUCCGAAGAUAUGCAAACAUAUUUUUCCUAGUUAUCGCUCUUCUUCAGCAAAUACCUGGUGUUUCACCUACUGGAAGAUUCACCACCCUUGUACCUCUCUGCAUCAUACUUACUGUUUCAGCCAUUAAAGAAGUGAUAGAGGAUUUUAGACGUCAUCGUGCUGACGACGCUACAAAUAACGAGCAGACUUUGGUAUUACGUGAUCAUGUUUGGGUUAAAAUAUGUUGGAAAGAUUUGGAGGUAGGGGAUUUAGUCAAAGUUCUCAGUAAUGAAGGGAUCCCAGCUGAUCUUGUCCUUCUGGCGUCUAGUGAACCUCAGGCUAUGUGCUAUAUUGAAACUAGUAAUCUAGAUGGAGAAACAAACUUAAAAUUACGCCAAGGUCUGCCAGUUACAACUCAUCUUCUAACUGCUGGAGAAUUAAACGCUUUUGAAGCAGUUGUUGAAUGUGAACCACCUAAUAGAAAGUUGGAUGAAUUUGUAGGUGUUAUUCGUACUGCAGAUGGAAUAGCACAUCCUUUAAAUCCAACACAAUUAAUUUUACGAGGUGCAUCAUUAAAGAAUACAAAAUGGAUUUUUGGUUUAACUGUGUAUACAGGUAAAGAAUCUAAAGUGAUGUUGAAUUCAACAGCGGCUCCUUUAAAACGAUCAACAGUUGAACGUCAAACUAAUACCUAUAUCUUAUGUCUGUUCGGUGUACUGCUCUUCUUGACUUUGUUCACGUUUAUUGCAAAUUUAGUUUGGACAUCAUGGAAUGAGAAAAAAAUGUGGUAUCUACAGGAAAAUGUGGAUGUUAGAAGCGAUCUUCGACGUUUACUGGAUUUUAUCACCUGUCUCAUUUUGUAUAACACCAUCAUACCAAUCAGUCUGCCAGUGAUGCUUGAAGUUGUACGGUUUAUCCAAGCAUUGUAUAUUAAUUGGGAUUCGGAUAUGUAUGAUCCGGAUUCGGAUACACCAGCUAUGGCACGUACUUCCAAUUUAAAUGAAGAAUUAGGUCAAGUUCGUUAUUUAUUCUCUGAUAAGACCGGAACGUUAACUCGUAAUGUGAUGGAGUUCAAAAGAUGUUCAAUCGGUGGUAUUAUGUAUGGUAAUAGUACUGAAGAUUCAAAUGCUUUAGAAGAUCAAAAUCUAAUUAAUAAAUUAAAUGCUGGAGAUUUAUUAGUUGAUCAAUUCUUCACAAUAUUAGCUGUUUGUCAUACUGUUGUACCAGAACGUAAUGUCAGUGAAAAUAAUACCAAUGAUAAUAAUGUUGCUGUUUUCGGUAAUGAUAAUCUCAAUAAUGAACAAUUGAUUAAUUAUCAAGCUUCGUCUCCAGAUGAAGCAGCUCUUGUGAAAGCUGCACGUACUAUGGGUUAUGUGUUCACUACUCGAACGCCGACAGAAGUUGUUGUUAAAAUUCGCGGUGUCGAGAAACGUUAUGGAAUAUUACAUGUACUUGAUUUUACCAGUUUUCGUAAGCGUAUGGGUGUUGUAGUUCGUGAACCUAAUGGACGUAUUUCCGUAAUGGUCAAAGGAGCGGAUACUGUUAUAUUUGAACGGUUGGCUUGCACUAGUCUUUUUACUGAGUCAACUAUGGAUCAUUUGGAGAAUUUCGCUAAAACUGGUCUACGAACAUUGUGCAUUGCAUGGACUGAAGUUGACCCAGCAUUUUAUAAUAAAUGGGUAGGAAAUUUUUACAAAGCUAGCACAGCAUUAAACGAUCGUGAAGCUAAGCUAGAAUCGGUUGCUAAUGAAAUUGAACAAAAUCUUCAACUUCUUGGAGCAACUGCCAUUGAAGAUAGAUUACAAACGGGCGUACCACAUACUAUAGCUAAUUUAAUGAGAGCUGGUAUUUCUAUUUGGGUUCUGACUGGAGAUAAACAAGAAACAGCUAUCAAUAUUGGCUAUUCUUGUCAGUUGUUAACGCAAUCUAUAAGCUUACUAACUGUGAAUACCAAGUCGUUAGAUCAAACACGUGAGCAAUUAGUGAAUUUAAUUGAAGAUUUCGGUGAUCGAAUACGGAUGGAGAAUGAUUUUGCUUUAAUCGUUGAUGGUGAAACACUAGAGUUUGCGUUAUUAUGUGAAUGCAGAGAACAGUUUUUGGACGUUGCUUUAUCCUGUAAAUCGGUUAUAUGUUGCAGAGUUAGUCCAUGGCAAAAAGCACAGUUGGUAAAAUUGGUUCGUCAAUCAAUUAAAGAUGCAGUCACUCUGGCUAUAGGCGAUGGAGCGAAUGAUGUUGGAAUGAUACAAGCAGCUCAUGUAGGUGUUGGGAUAAGUGGCAUGGAAGGCAGACAGGCAGCAUGUGCAUCGGAUUAUGCAAUAGCCCAAUUUCGUUUCCUAAAUAAAUUACUAUUAGUACAUGGUGCAUGGAAUUAUAAUCGAUUGACUAAAUUAAUACUUUAUUCGUUUUAUAAGAAUGUUUGCCUUUAUUUAAUACAAUUUUGGUUUGCCAUUCUAAGUGGAUUUUCUGGUCAAAUUGUGUUUGAACGAUGGAGUAUUGGUUUAUAUAAUGUGAUAUUCACUGCAGCACCACCAAUGGCGUUAGGACUAUUUGAUCGAAGUUGUAGUGUUAAUAAUUGUCUAAAAUAUCCAGAAUUGUACAAAGAUACUCAAGCAUCAGCUUCGUUUAAUCCGAAAGUUUUCUUCUGUUGGAUUCUCAAUUCAAUUUAUCAUUCAGCCCUCCUAUUUUGGAUUCCAUUAUUGGCUUUCUCUGUAGGUACUGUCUAUGCAAAUGGUCAAACCUCAAGUUUAUUAGUCUUGGGCAAUAGUGUUUACACAUAUGUAGUUGUGACGGUUUGCUUAAAAGCUGGUCUAGAGCAUACCGCAUGGACAUGGUUAUCACAUUUAGCAAUAUGGGGUAGUAUCGGUUGCUGGUUCUUAUUUCUUACUAUAUAUCCUCAUGUUUAUCCAACUUUACCAUUGGCAUCAGAUAUGGUUGGUAUGGAUUCUGCUGUUUAUGGAUGCGGUAUUUUCUGGUUUGGUUUCUUACUGAUACCUAUGGUUGCAUUGACACGCGAUAUUGCUUGGAAAAUGGCUAAACGUGUUACAGCUGGUACGUUACGUGAGCAAGUCAUGCAAAUGGAACAAAUGCAAGUUGAUCCAGGUCGUUUGAUUCGUGCCAGUAUUCGUCCGAAAUCUACCGACCGUUCCGCGUUUGUGCGGAUUAUGCGUAGAAGUAUGGGUUCACAAGCAUUGCUUAAUCUUUGUCUUGGUGCCAAUGUACGUACAAGUACAACAUCACCGACACCCAUAACAGAUCCUCGGCAAACAGAUCAUGGUUAUGCAUUUUCUCAAGAAGAACAUGGUGCAGUCAGUCAAUCUCAAUUAAUUCGUGCUUAUGAUUCAACUCGACGAAAACCUGAUGGCAGAUAACAUAUUACUUAACUAUGUAUAUUGAAUUAUCCAUCAUGUUGUACAUUGACAUAUUGAUUAUGCCACAAGUAGCAACCGAAUUCGAUAAAUUUUCCUUUUGCUGAACAAACUGUUAUUACCUAGUGUUCCCCAUUUACCGGGCACUAACACUUUUUGCUACUAACAAUGACACCGAUGAUGCCAUUGUCAGUUAUGUCCAUAACUAACCAAUCAAAUCGUUGCUAAAACACCUACCACAUCAAUCUGGUCUGAUGUGUCUGUAGACUAUCCCUGUUGCAUGUGACCUGCCAAGUGAAGGACAUUAUUAUCCUGUUAUAUUAGUAUAACUCAUAAUUUUUAUUCUUUUCGAUAAAACACUCAAUACUGGUCGGUAUGUUUGUGCAUUCCACUUAAUGACUGUAAUUCGUCUAAUUAUUGUAGUAAGCAAAUUGUUAUUUUUACGUUUAGAAACAGACAAAGUUUAAAGCUUAGUUGUCCUUGUUCUAAUUAUAACUCUCACAUAAACUCUGGGUCGUCAGUAUCGCAUCUACAGUUUGGUAGAAUAGUCUGUAGAACAAAUUAAAUCCUACACAAGAUUUCUUCUCACUGAUGGAACUUUCUAAUCUAACGGCACAUAACCGACUGUUAAUGGGAAUCCAAUUGAUCAGAAAGGGAGGUUAGAGGUUAGAAUCAACUGCAUGUGGAAUUAUUUAUAUAGUCUGUCAGUGGUUUAUUUCUCAGUACUUGGUAAAAAGCCGUUUACUGACAAAUCACAUGCAAUUGUUAUUUGGUGAUUGAUCAACCCUACUGUAUCAGAAAGCUUUUUAUUCGGUUUGCUAUUUUUAUUGACAUUUAAUAUUAUAACACUUAUUGUUGCCAGUGUUGUGACUUCCACGCUUUCUUCAUACCUUAUGAUUUAUUCAUACACCAUGUACAAACUUAUGUAAUCAACUUUGAGCCACAUACUUUGGUUAUGUGUAAACAAAAAAGGAAGGCUAAGAUGAGACCACAUGUUAGAGGAUUAAGCUGUUAAUCAACCAUUCACUAACUCUAUUCACUUGUCAUCACAAGAGUCAUCGUCCAGUAUUAUCUACUAAAUUAGGAGAGUUGGCUCAAGUGAAGUAUGGAUGAGGAAUUCGUACACAGAUAAAGUUAUGGCAAUCCAUCACUUCAAAGCGAAAGCCCUGUGUAUUAAAGAGUUAUGUACAAUCCUUUAUUCGACGUUCGUAGAACCUCUUCUAGCAAUUUUAAAAUCGGAAAUGCUAAUUAUUAUUUUAUUCUUCCCCUUUAUAGAAUGGACGGUUGUCUUUUUCUUUUAUUUUAUAAAAUAUCGCUUUCUUUACUUCCAACUUCAUUUUUUGAUAAUAUUAAACAACUUUGUUAAACGAUCUAAUAUCACUUCGUCGGUC